AUGGAGGCUGCCUUGCUGAAGCCGGCGAUGAUGGCGGAGGUGAAGGGGAGCGGCGCCGGCUCCGCCGUCAGCGCCGAGCUGGAGGUUGUACGUCUUGCCUACCAAGACUCGCGCUCCACGAGAGAAAUCGCUGAGUCCUAUGCAGUGGUGCAGACGUGUUCUGGAUCAUCCAACUCCUGAGAUAGAAGCUGCAAAACGUUCCCUAUGCUUUAGACUGGAACAAGCUAGCCGAUGGCGGAACCUCUUCUCUACACCUGUCUCCUUGGCUUUUCCCUAUAGUCCUGUUGCAAGACUCACCCCAUAUACCAAUGGCUGUAAUAGUCCCAGCUUCUCUAAAACUUCCAGUAAAGCAAUACUAACACCUGAACGGACAGGGUACAUUUCUAGGAGUUCCCCUUUGAGUCCACAGUCAUCAAUAGACAGUGAACUGAGCACUUCGGAGCUGGAAGAUGAUUCCAUCUCCAUGGGAUACAAGCUGCAGGACCUCACUGAUGUUCAGAUCAUGGCUCGUCUACAGGAGGAGAGCCUUAGGCAAGAUUACGCUUCAACUUCAGCAUCUGUGUCAAGGCACACUUCCAAUGUUUCUCUGCAUGCGGGAAAAAAAGGGACAUGCAGUGACCAGGAAUAUGAUCGCUAUAGUCUUGAGGAUGAGGAAGAGUUUGACCACCUUCCACCUCCGCAGCCGCGUCUGACUCGCUGCUCCCCCUUCCAAAGAGGGAUUCCUCACUCACAGACUUUCUCCAGUAUCCGGGACUGCAGGAGGAGCCCUACUUCCCCGCAAUUCCCUACAAAUACUUAUCAGCAGCCCUUCUACUCUCCUCAAGCCCAAACUCCAGAGCAGCAACCAAAUAGGAUUAAUGGAGACAAACUCCGCAGAAGCAUGCCUAACCUCGCUCGAAUGCCAAGCACCCCCACCAUUAGCAGUACUGCUGGCUUUGCUGGUUCUCCUGUCACUGUGAGGAAUAGUCAGAGCUUUGACUCCAAUUUGCAUGGAGCUAGUAAUGGGAUUUCAAGGAUGCAGUCGUGUAUUCCAUCACCAGGACAGCUUCAGCACCGAGUUCACAGUGUGGGACAUUUUCCAGUGUCUGUCAGACAGCCUCUCAAAGCUACUGCCUAUGUAAGCCCAACUGUACAAGGGAGUAGUAAUAGUAGCAGUAUUCCAGUGUCCAGCAACUCGCAGCUGUAUUCCAACACUGGGAUCCCAAUGCCAAACAAGACUGCUGGACAAGGCAUUGUAGGGCGCAGUGCUCUUCCAAGACCAUCGCUGGCCGUCAAUGGGAGUGGCAUUCCCAGAAGUAAAAUUGCACAGCCAGUUCGAAGUUUUCUUCAGCCUCCAAAGCCACUGUCGUCGCUGAGCACGAUACGGGAUGGGAACUGGAGAGACGGCUGCUAUUGAUGAAGGAUGCCCCUCAACAGUGGAAAACACAUAAUGUGGAUUUCAUUACCCAGCUGGCUGGGUAACAGUGAUUUGGAAAAGGAGGGUCAUACAGUAUUAUUUUCCCCAGGAUCUUAAUCUGUAACUAUCUACAAUGCCAUGUCAUUUUUAAAAAAUGAACAUCUUAUCAAAUACUAAAUAUUGCACUUAAUCAGUUACCUGAACAGCUGCAUUG